GCGCCGCAGCAAGGAGCAGAUGCUGGAGCUGGUGGUGCUGGAGCAGUUCCUGGCCAUCCUGCCCCGGGAGACGCGGAGCUGGGAGUGGGGGCGCGGCGUGGAGACCUGCGCCCAGGCCGUGGCCCUGGCUGAGGGGCUUCAGCUGGGGCAGGAGGAGGAUGAGACGCUCCAGGUCACAAUUCGCCCAAUGCUGAGGAGACCUGGGAGUGGUCAACAGAUGAAAGCUGCUCAGGCUGGUGCCCUGGAGGAGGCCCUUCCCCAGGAGCAGGUAAGAAGCGCUGGUUCUCCCCUUUCCAGCAGCAGGAGGCACCGUCCCUCAGUGGAGAAAUCUCUGCCACAACAUUUUGAUAGAUUCAGUGCUUCAACAGGUGCCGGGACCCUGAUUAAAGCUGAUCAGCAGCCUCCUGGGGAAGGGCCUGUAAACUUGGAGAUGCAGAGGACAUCCCCAGGAAGACUGGGAGAGAGAGGCUCCUUGAUACCAGAGCUGGGCCAGGUGCAGAAGGGGCCGGUCAGGCCUCCAAAGCAGGAGGAGAGCUUGGAGCUCCAGCAGGUGUUUGAGGACGUGGCCGUGUGUUUCACCCGGAAGGAGUGGAAGCUGCUGGAAGAUGACGACAAGGUGCUUUACCGGGACCAGAUGCUGAGGAAUUAUCAAGCCCUUGUUUCCCUAGGAUAUCGAGGUCCCACCCCUGACUUAAUCUGCCGCAUCCAGCGAGGAGAGGUGGAGCUCUGGGUCUGUGAGGACGAGGACCAGGAGAAAAUCUUGAAGUUGGAGGACCUGUCUCCAGAUUCAUGUGACAUGGAGGCCACCUGGGAAUUGUCAGCAGAGGCUAGCUUCAUGGUUUCAUUCCCUGCACCAGACCUUUCCCUGAAAGCAGGAGGUACCUGGCUGCUGAGCAGAGCUGAGGAGCAGGCUCCUGAGGAAGGGCCUGUAAACCUGGAGCCAACACAGACUUCCCUAGGGGGGUUGGGUGAGAUGGACUCCCUGAGACCUGAGAGGGACCUGUGGCACAGGAGUCAGGGGAGGCCCCAAAAGCAGAAGAAUGUAGCUGUGAACCAGGUACCAUCACCAGUUGGUCGUGAGAUGUAUAUGGAGAGUGGGGAGCAGUCACACCACUGCACCAAGUGUGGGAAGAGCUUCAGCCAGCCCUCCAACCUGGCCAGGCACCGGUGUGUGCACACAAGGGAGAAUCCAUGUCAGUACUCUGAGAAUGGUAAGAGUUUCCACCACUUCUUCAUUCUAGCCAAAAGCCAGCAAAUCCACACAAGGGAGAAGUCACAUCCAUGCCCUUAUUGUGGGAAGAGCUUUAGCCGGCGUUACCACCUGGCCCGGCACCAGCUAAUCCACACAGGGGAGAAGCCAUAUCAGUGUUCUUUGUGUGGGAAGAGCUUCACCAGCUCCUCCCACCUGGCUGAGCACCAGCUCAUGCACACAGGGCAGAAGCCACAUCACUGCUCUGUGUGUGGGAAGAGCUUCAUCCGUCGCUCUCGCUUGGUCGAGCACCAGCUCAUCCACACAGGGGAGAGGCCUCAUCAAUGCUCUGAGUGUGGGAAGAGCUUCAUCCGCUCCUCCCAACUGGCCAAGCACCAGCUCAUCCACACAGGGGAGAAGCCGCAUCAGUGCUCUGAGUGUGGAAAGAGCUUCAACCGCUCCUCCAACCUGGCACAGCACAAGCUUAUCCACACAGGGGCAAAGCCACAUCAGUGCUCUGUGUGUGGAAAGAGCUUCACCUGCUCCUCCUACCUGGUAAAGCACCAGCGCAUCCACACAGGGGAGAAGCCACAUCAGUGCUUUGAGUGUGGGAAGAGUUUCACCCAGUCCUUCAACCUGGUUGAACACCGGCACAUCCACACAGGGGAGAAGCCGCAUCAGUGCUGGGAGUGUGGGAAAAGCUUUACCAGCUUCUCCAACUUGGCCCGGCACCAGCUCAUCCACACAAGGGAGAAACCACAUCAGUGCUCUGAGUGUGGGAACAGCUUUGGCCACUCCUCCUACCUGGUCCAGCACCAGCACAUCCACACAGGGGAGCUGCCAUACCGCUGUGCUGAGUGCAAGAAGAGUUUUACUGGAUGGGAUCACCUCCAAAGCCACAUGUGUGUCCACACAGGGGAGAAGCCAUUCUCCUGCCUGCAGUGUGGAAAAAGCUUCACUGAUCGCUCAACACUCACCCAACACCAGCGCUUGCACACGGGGGAGAAGCUCUUUUCCUGCAGCCAGUGUGGGAAAAGCUUCAUGCAGAGCUCCCAUCUCAUCAGUCACCUACUUGUUCACACGGGGGAGAAGCCAUUCUCCUGCAGCCAGUGUGGGAAGAGCUUCAUGCAGAGCUCUUCGCUCACCAAACACCUGCGCAUGCACACGGGGGAGAAGCCGUUCUCCUGCAGUCAGUGUGGGAAGAGCUUCACACAGAGCUCCCAUCUCACCAAUCACUUGCUUGUGCACACAGGGGAGAAGCCCUUCUCCUGCAGCCAGUGCGGGAAGAGCUUCACCCAGAGCUCCACACUUGCGCAGCACCUACGCGUGCACACGGGGGAGAAGCCGUUCUCCUGCCUGCAGUGCGGGAAGAGCUUCACUGAUCACUCGACACUCACCAAGCACCGGCGUGUGCACACGGGUGAGAAGCCAUUCUCCUGCAGCCAGUGCGGGAAGAGCUUUACGCAAAGCUCCCAUCUCACCAAGCACCAGCGUGUGCACACGGGGGAGAAGCCAUUCUCCUGCAGCCAGUGCGGGAAGAGCUUCACACAGAGCUCCACGCUCACACAACACCUGCGCAUGCACACAGGGGAGAAGCCCUUCUCCUGCCCGCAGUGUGGGAAGAGCUUCACCGAUCACUCGACGCUCACGCAGCACCGGCGCGUGCACACAGGGGAAAAGCCAUUUUCCUGCAGCCAGUGUGGGAAGAGCUUCACACAGAACUCCCAUCUCACCAUGCAUCUUCGCAUGCACACUGGGGAGAAGCCAUUUUCCUGCAGCCAGUGUGGGAAGAGCUUCACACAGAACUCCCAUCUCACCAUGCAUCUUCGCAUGCACACUGGGGAGAAGCCAUUUUCCUGCAGCCAGUGUGGGAAGAGCUUUGCACGGAGCUCCACACUCACCAGUCACCUGCAUGUGCACACGGGUGAGAAGCCCUUCUCUUGCAGCCAGUGCGGGAAGAGUUUCACACAGAGCUCCAAACUCACCAGUCACCUACGUGUGCACACAGGGAAGAAGCGGUUCUCUUGCACCCAGUGUGAAAAGAGCUUCAGUGACAGCUCAGCACUUACAAGUCAUCUGCAUGUGCACACGGGGAAGAAGCCAUUUUCUUGCAGCUAACAUGGGAGGGCUUCCUGCAGAGCUUCAAAUGCACCAAUCGCCUAUGAGCACACGGGUGAGAAACCUUUAUCCUGCAGCCAGUGUAGGAAGAGCAAGUCGUCACUCACUGAGCACCAGCCCAGGUACUCCGGGAAGAAGUCAUACUGCUCUGCCCAGAAUUGUUUACAGCAGAGCUCCGACCUGAGCAAUCACCAGCAAACCCAUGGGAGCAGGAUCAUCGCAUUGAACAGGGGGCUUUCCCUCAUCCCCCUCGGCAGUGGGAGUUAGCAUCCUGCCACUGGACUGUAACACCUCGGCUCCCUCUUGCUUCUAUGUGGAGUUGUCCCACAUGGGAUGUUGUAGCUUCUGGCAGAAGCUGGGACAGAGAAGAUAACAGAUAAGAGCUAAGUUAUGGAGCCAGGUAGCAGAAAGGAUAAAAGCUGGGGGAAACAAAACCAAAGUUGCUCUGAAAAAAAGGCAUCCUUUCUUGAACCAUCCAAUCCUAGACAAUUACCUGUGGGAGCAAGGUGAACCCUUCCUUUUCUUUGCUGUGGCUUUUGGGACAUCACCAUUGUCAUCUGUUUUUUACCAUCCUUGAUGAUCGUGUUACGUUCUACGUCAAUUGGACAGGUCCCUCGCUCCCGUGAAAGAACCAGUUUGAAUGAGUAAAGGGAAUAUCCAUGAAUCAGUUCUCAACUGUUUUGUCCUAUGGGACUCCCUGGCCUCCUCUGUGCUUCACUACUUUGCUUGUUGCAGGCCAGGACAGGAGUGCCAACAGGACUGCCAACCAGGGCAGUGCAGCGAGACAGGCCACAUCCCCAUUCCCAGCCACCACGUGCUGGUAGCUGGAGCAGCGCAGACAGAGCCCUGGGGUCAGGACAGCCAGGCCUUGCAGAGUCCAGGCCAACAGAGGAGGCAGAUUCAGCAGCCAUGUCUCUGGGGGUCCUUUAGGUCCCAGCUGCAUCUGUCCCUUUCCCAAGCCAGUUCCUCACACUGAUAUCCCUGGAUCCCCCACCCUUGGUGCACCUGUCCAUGCAGACAUCCCCAGUCUUUGGGGCUCUUGGUGUUCCCCAAGGGAUCCUUCCAGAGGGGAACAGUUCUAGCUGCACUCCUGCCAGCUGUGUCUCCACCACAGGGACAACCCCAUCUGCUAAUGCACCUUCCAGCCUCCCACUGCCCAAGUUAAAUAAGGUAACCUGUUCCUUUCUAUUGUGGAGCAGCCAGCGCACACACAGGGCCUCCCUGACCUUCAAUCUCAUGGCACAGAGCAAUGGGGCUCAGGGCAGGUGCUGCUUUUUUCACAGGCUGAACAUGUCAGAGAGGUGGCAGAGUUUGUGUCCUGGUUUGGGUCAGAGAGGAGUCCCGAGUCUGCCACCUGUGUUGGGGUUUGUGCUUAGGCAUUGGAGCACCUUCCAACAACAUUUUUUUGCCUUUCCUUGCUUUCUCCCAACUACAUCAAGCUGGCUCUUCUUACUGGUCUGGAUCCAGGAUAGCUUUCCAUCCAGGCCAGGGUAUGGCCCUGUCUUCUCCCACCAGAUACUCCCACCUAGUAUCUGCCCACAGCCUCCUUGUCUCAGGCGGGGACGCAGCGACAAUACUUUGCUGACCUGGUCCCACUCACCCCUCAUUUAAAAGGAGCACAAGCCUGUGGGGGAAAAGGGGGACUGAAGGGUCUCAAGGGAUAUCAGAAAUGGCUAGAUCAUCUGGAUCUUUAAGGUGAUGCCAAUUCUUCCAGCAAGGCUGUGGGAAAGGUUGAGACCAAAUCAGCGGCACCAGGUAGAAAGCCUGAAGCACACUGCUGUUAAUGUAGCUCAGAAGUAACUAAAGCUGACUUUCACCUCUAAAAUCUUCUAAUUUUACAAUGAACUCACCUCUCAAUUGUUUUUUAACCACCCUAGUGUCAUAAGGACACGGACUGCCAUUGUUGCCUUGGUUUGCCUGUGGUAGGUUAGUGUGGUUUUGCUCUUUGCACCAGGUGCCUUGGAGUUGUGUGGCAGGGUUGACUGUGUAGCUUUAAGGAUAGGUUAGGCAGGGACUUGUCUGGGAUGGUUUGAAUAAGGACAACUGUCUCUCAAGCAGGAGGUUGGACUAGAUCAAGGGUGGGCAAUUAUUCUGGGUGGAGGGCCGUUUACUGAGUUUUGGCAAGCCAUCGAGGG